UGUAGGAGUAAAUCAUAAACUAACCCACUUCCCAAAAACAUCAUCAAUACAAUAAAAGCAUUCAUUCUUUCUUCCUCCUUUUCUCUUCCACUUUCUCUCUCUUCCCCUACGAAAUUACCCGCUCAUCCAAGGAACUUCGCGUACCUUCUCCACUCCUUUACUCUCCAACUUCUCGUACCAAAUUCAUCCUUAAUCAAUCAAAAUUCAGCAAAUUCUUGAUCAUCUUCAUCAAUCUACAUUAAUUGUUAGUGAUUUCGAGAAUUCUGCAAAAGUUUUCUGAAAAUUGAUGCGCAAGUGUUGAUUUUGAGGUUGGGAUGAAUUUUCCGACUUAUAAACGAAUGAAUUCCAGAGAAUAUACGGAAACAAUGGACGAAGAAAAUAAUUCAGGUUUUUUGCAGAAUGAUACUUGGCAAGAAAGUGGGAAUCCUUCGUGGAAGCGAUCAUUGCCUCAUGUACUUGUGGCGACAUUAACUUCGUUCUUGUUUGGCUACCAUAUUGGAGUUGUUAAUGAACCACUUGAAAGCAUUUCUAUGGAUCUUGGUUUCAAAGGCAACACGUUGGCAGAAGGUCUUGUGGUGAGUACAUGCCUUGGGGGUGCCUUUGUUGGAUGUGUUUUUAGUGGUUCAAUUGCUGAUGGUUUUGGACGUCGUAGAGCUUUUCAGCUAUCUGCUCUUCCAAUGAUAAUAGGUGCUUCUAUGAGUGCUAUGUCGAACACGUUGCAAGGUAUGCUAUUGGGAAGGCUGUUAGUUGGGACUGGAAUGGGUCUGGGUUCCUCAAUUGCUGCUCUUUAUGUUGCUGAGAUUUCUCCAGCUUUUGUAAGAGGUACCUAUGGAAGCUUCAUUCAAAUUGCUACGUGUCUUGGUCUCAUGGCAGCUCUAGUUGUUGGAAUUCCAUCAAAAGACAUUACAGAGUGGUGGCGUAUGUGUUUUUGGCUCUCCACCAUUCCAGCUGCCACACUAGCUCUGGGUAUGAUAUUCUGUGCUGAGAGUCCAAUUUGGCUUUACAAGCAAGGAAGAAGCUCAGAGGCUGAGGCUGAAUUCGAAAAACUUUUGGGAGGAUCAUUUGUCCAAUCUGCAAUGGUGGAACUGGAAAAAUCUGAUAGAGGAGACACUGAGGAAGUGAAGUUGUUGGAAUUGCUCACUGGUCGACAUUCAAGAGUUGUUUUUAUUGGAUCAACCCUGUAUGCUUUGCAGCAGCUAUCUGGUAUAAAUGCUGUUUUUUAUUUCUCUUCAACUGUAUUUAAGAGUCUUGGUGUGCCAUCCAACCUUACAAACGUGUUCAUAGGGAUCUCCAACUUAACAGGCUCCUUUAUUGCGAUGGCAUUAAUGGACAAGGUGGGGAGAAAACUGCUGCUGCUUUGGAGUUUCUUGGGCAUGGCUGUAUCGAUGGGCCUGCAGGUUGCUGGGGCUAGUUCUUACAUGCCAAAGGCAGCAACAUUUUACUUAUCCAUUGGUGGUGUAUUCUUAUAUGUUCUAGCAUUUGCUGUUGGUGCCGGUCCUGUUCCGGGGCUGCUACUCCCGGAAAUAUUUCCCAGCCGAAUUAGAGCAAAAGCAAUAGCUUUCUGCAUGUCUGUCCAUUGGGUCUUUAACUUCUUAGUUGGCUUGUUGUUCUUGCGACUACUUGAAAAUUUUGGACCGCAGCUCCUCUAUACUGUGUUCAGCACUAUCUGCUUGAUUGCUGUUGCCUUUGUUAAGAAGAAUGUGAUAGAGACAAAAGGAAGAUCACUGCAAGAAAUUGAGAUUGCUCUUCUUCCUGAUGAAUAAAGUUGUUCUCUGUGCAGUAACAGAUGUAGAAGGCCUACGAAGAUUAAUAUUCAAACUUCUAAUGUAAUUCAAACAGGACACUUUAAUGAGAAGGAUGAUUUGAUGAGUAAUAGGGAGGAAACUACUCGUUUAAAAGCUACUCCUUGUAACCAAUUGGUUUCUUAAGAAUCUUAAGCUUAGGAUUAGAAGCCAGGAUUUGUAUCCGGAACUUGUAUAUGCUAUGGAGUAAUGGAUGUACAAAAUCAAUACUCUGAUUUUACGUAUAUUACUUUGAUUUUACGUAGAUAAGCUAAUACAUGUUGUAUUACUCUAUUUUUGUCAAUAAUAAUGUGUUCUUUUGGUGGACAGAGAAA